UCACGAUGAACAUAUAGAAGGCUUCAUAUCCGUUUCAUGGCGACUGACUAGAUGUCAACAAACUGUAAGCGCUGAUUUCAGCAAUCUGAGCUCCCUCUACUCCGGAGUUUAUCUCUGAUCUACUUUGAUAUUAACCUUUUGGUUACUUCGUCCCCGCCCCCACACACGCCGAGAGCAUAUAUGCUGCCCAAUUUUGAUACUUUUUCCGUACUGGCGACAAAUCACUUUGCUCUUGACCUAACAGCUACAGCAUGUGGAAUUCUUGGAGCUCCCAGCACGAUUCCAAGCUUGAACAAAGACAGUUUUGCAGCCUGCUCAACAAACUGAACGUGACCAAUUUCGACUCUGUCGCUACUAAGUUGAUCGAGCGUCUUACGGACUGUGGACGGCGCGGUGGCGUAGAGAUCAUCGAAGCCUUUGCUGACUCGAUUGCACUACGUGCAGUUGAAGACACCCAACGCUCCUCGCUCUACGCCUAUCUUUGCAGAAGAGUUGACGGAGAGCUUGAGAUGGAAGACAGGCGGUGGACAUGGCUCAACGAUGGCACACGACAAUCAUCACACCCAUCAUUCGCCAGUAUUCUUAUUGAGGCUUGUGAAAGCAGAUUCACACGAGCCCUUGAUGAGGGGACAGCACAUCUGUUCCCCUUGGUCGAAUUCAUAGGGGAUUUAUUGUUGGAUGGUGUUUUGCCCAUCGUCGAGGUUCAAGAUCUGAUACAGCAGCUCUUCACCCUAGCGGAACAAGGCCAGGAGGACAGUGCCAUCGCGCUGAGCAGGCUCUGCCGCAGAGUUGUUCGAGAACAAGACGGGGUGUACAUUCUAGAACAAUUAGGUGCUUCGGGUAGCAUCGAAAGAGUGCUGGAGGAAGAUAUCAUCACGCCAAAAGCUCGUUACCUUCUAAUGGGUGUGGUGGACUUGUUCCAUCAGGAGCUUGUGGAUGUCUUUGACUCAACAGGGCUUAGAAACGAGAUUUACAAUCUUGAUAACGAUGAACAGGAGGUCUUAUCGGAACUUGAUUCGGCACCAACAGAUGUUGGUGAUCCACUUCCUUCCGAGAAGACAACACCGUGUGAGUCGAAGGACCAAACGGAGGUAUCCAAGUUGGACGCGGAGUGAGCAGAGGCCGACAUGUGUCCCGCAGUCGUUCCACCCUGAAGGUCAUUGAACGGCUCUGAACAUGCGAUUGGACGGAGAUACUCAGAAGUGCACUAUGGAUACAAAUGAAGAUAGAUGGGUGGUGAUUACAAAAUAUGAACAUAAAGAUACCGAAAUGCUUUCAUUCAUUGGGGACCUGCUUCUGUCUCUUGGAUUGCGAGUCUUGUUCUUCAUCUGCUGCACGAGAUCGCUUGUUCCGUUGUUUCAUUUUCAUCUUGCGGCGAUCCUUGCCUAUUCCGUCUGCUCCGCUAUCAGAGCCCUCUACAUUUUCUGCAUGAGGCUUGUAUGCAGCCGAGUCAACAUCUUGGCGU